AAGUUAUAUAUCCAGCCUAGCGAAAGAAGCCCGAUGUUUACCGGUCGAGGAUGCGUCCAAGAUGGCAAUCCCGGAAUGGUACGAUGAGGCCAAAUUCAAGCGAGCUCAGGCGUUUUACAAACGGAACGCUUACGCCAUCACACUAUCGGUGCUCUACGGGUUGAUCGCUGUAAUGGCCGUACCUUCGGUCUUGAACGUGCUGAUGUUUACGAAGAAAUCGUCUACGCCUUUCACAGCCUACCGAAGGUAUCUACUGACCAUUUUGCACUUUACAAUUUGGUACCGUGAUCCACUGGCCCCAGGGACAAGAUUUUGGAGGUCACUGAUGUACACGAGAAAGGCUCACGACAGUACCAUCAAAAGGACAAGUGCCGCUAAGAACGGAAUGAUCAUUUCCCAGCGUGACAUGGUUCUGGUGCAGUUCUCUUUUGCUGGGUACGUAGUCCUAAAGCCGGAAAUGUUAGGCAUCCAAGGGUCUGCCCAGGACAUGGAUGAUUUCAUACACUUUUGGCGCGUGGUUGGCUUCAUGUUGGGCAUUCAAGAUGAGUACAAUCUCUGUACCGCAGACAGCACAACGACCAAGAUGCGUAUGCAGCUGGUCCUGGAUCAGAUGAUGAAACCAGCGUUGACCUCUCCCAACGAUGACUUUUACCGGAUGACCAAAGCAUUGCUGGACGGGAUGUGGUACUACAACGUGACCCUCGAUUACGAAGCACUUCUCUUUAUAACCUUUCGGUUGAACGGAAUGGCCGGUUACGGUUUCCUGGAGGAUGAGAGGAAGAACCAGCUGAAGGUAACCGGUCCAAUUAGUUACGACAAGCUAAGCUGGUACAGUCGAUUCAUCGUGGGAAGGUUGGUACAUAUGCACGAGGAGGGGCUGAAAAAUUGUUUGGUUCGAUGGUUGAUGAAUCUGCAGCUGCAGUUUUCCGUGCUGGUUGGUAUUUGCUACUUGCCACUUUUGGCAGCGAUUAAAUUUGGCUGGAAAAAUGCCGUUGUGAAGAUGCCGAAAUAAAUUUUGCUUGUUGUUUGAAGAUAAA